GUGUGUAUGUCUGUUGUCAUCGAUCUUAUGCUUUCUUUGUACACAUCGGGCCAGUUUUCAUACGUCUGGGUUUUAUCUUUUAUUCGUUUGGUCAUAACUGCGUAUCGGUGUAACUGAUUUCAAAACAAAGCCUCCUCCAAAAUGGAAGAAAAUGAAGAAGUUUGUGGAAGGACGGUGGAAAACAAUAAGCGUAAACUUCGCAGGAUGUCAUCGAGGACGUCCAUUACCAGUCACAUCAGCGCAGCAGAGCCGUCUCCAAAAACACUCCGGAGAAAUAACUCCAAGAAACCUCCACUGCAGAGAGGCAGCUCCUUCACCUUUCUCACUCCUGGGACUCCGUGGGACUUCAGUCUAAAGAGAAAGCGCAAAGAGAAGGAGGACGACACAGUCAGUCUGUCCAGCUUCCACCUCAAGGAACCCAGUAACAAGCGUGUGCGACCCCUGGCCAAAGUUACAUCCCUGGUCAACUUGAUGUCUCCUUCAAAGAAUGGAGCAGUGAGGCGCUUUGGCCAGACCAUCCAGUCAAUAUCAUUACGUGGUGAUGCCAAGUCACCAGGGAUGUCCCUCAAAGCCAGCAUCAAGACAGCAGGUCCCACUCCCACUAAACGCAGAAACAGCACUCUGUGGUCUGAGACACUGGACGUCCAUCAGAAGAGCACAUUCUCCACCAAAGAGAUCAAGAGACAAGAGGCAAUUCAUGAGCUUUACAGGGGAGAGCAGGAUCUCAUCGAAGAUCUCCAACUUGCGCGGAAGGUAUACCAUGAUCCAAUGCUAAAGCUCUCCAUCAUGACAGAGAAGGAACUAGCUCAAAUAUUUGGGGACCUCGAUGCAUACAUCCCCUUACAUGAGGACUUAUUGAUGAAACUGACUGAGGGAACUGGCCCCGAUGGAACAAUCAAUCAGAUUGGACAGAUAGUUAUAGACUGGCUGCCUGGCCUGAAUGCUUACAAAGUCUACUGCAGCAACCAGCUUGCAGCCAAAGCACUGCUGGACCAGAAAAAGCAGGACUGGCCGGUCCAGGAUUUCCUGCAGCGCUGCUUGGAGUCCCCCUUCAGCAGGAAGCUGGACCUCUGGAGCUUCUUAGACAUCCCACGUUCACGCCUGGUGAAAUACCCACUGCUGCUGCGAGAGAUCCUCAGACACACUCCUCCUGAUCACCCAGACGUACCCAGUCUGGAGAGAGCUAUUACUAUAAUCCAGGAGAUUCUGUCUGAUAUCAACAUGAGAAACGGGGAGUGUGAGUGCCAGUACUAUAUAGACAAACUGGAAUAUCUGGAUGAUAAGCAGCGGGACCCUCUCAUAGACAACUGCAAGAUCCUACUUUGUCAUGGAGAGCUGCGGAACAAGAGUGGCUCGAGGCUGCAUGUGUUCCUCUUCUCUGAGCUCUUGGUUCUGACCCGACCGGUGACCCGGAACGACAGGAGCUGCUUCCAGGUGUAUCGACAGCCUAUUCCAGUCCGUGACUUGGCUCUAGAGGACCUGCAGGAUGGAGAGAUUCGCAUGGGGGGGUCCUUCAGAGGGGCUUUUACCAAUGGAGAGAAAGCUAAGAACGUUUUUCGUGUAAGCUCUCUAGAUCCAUCCCAUGGCCAGUCCCACACCCUGCAUGUCAACGAUGUCUACCACAAGCAGCAGUGGCUCAACUGUCUACGUUCUGCGAUGACCCAACAACAGGGGGCUCCGCCUAACAUUCAGCAGGGAGAAGCUGUCAGAGCUAAGCGUCGCUCCUCCACCAUCUCAGCCACCUAUGGCGAUGAGACAGACGAGAACUGUCGGCCUGUCUCUGGCCCUAAACUCAGGCCUCAGACACUGUCCAAAACCAGACUGGACCAGAAGUUACAAGGCUCACUAAAGAGGAAGCAGACUGGAGUGUAGACAUUUAACCUGACACAAAGGUUCACAAAGGGCACAUGUCCUGUUUGGUCACAAGUCUGUCUGUGAAUUUUCCUGCGUCCACUAUUUUUUGUGCUUUUGCUUUGUCUUUGUAGCUGCACUGAAAAAGUAUUUCCAAUCUUUUCCGUCCAAAUGUACAUCAAAGUUUAGUUUUUAAAAAAGUGUAAUUAGUUUACAAAAAAAAGUGAUGUGUGACUUAAAUGUAUGUUUACACCAGCUAAAUGUAUGUGGAAUUAGCGUUUUAUGUGUCUACCUAAGUUAAAGCAACGUUUUUACCACUUGUGGCUCUUGAAAUUUAGUUUCAUUGUUUAUCCCAGUUUGGACACAUUUAAACUAUCUUUAGCUGUAAUCAAAAUGUCAGUGCAUCUAUGUUAUAGGCAGCGUGUGUGCAAGUUGUCCGUUGCUAAGUGUUAUCUGUGCCAAGAUAAGGGAUCGAGAAGCUGAGAAAUUGCGAUGGUCUCAGUUGUCUGUGCAGGAAGCCGCUGUGUGAGAUGAGUCUAAAAAUGUUUAAGAUUAAAGACAAGAUAAUGAGCAGAACAUGAGUGAGAACAUUAGCCAUGGAAAUGAUAAGGAAAAAACUUUUCUUGGGGGAAAAUAAGUCAAAUGAAUCUAAAUGUAUUCAGUGAAAAGUUGUUACUUAAAAAAAUAAAACAUUUACUUUGUACUUUUAAAA